AUGGUGGAGAUACGCGAAGAAAGUACGGAGCCGGCGGGUUCGAGUCCGACAUCUAGCGGGCCUUCGACCUCUCGUCAGCCCCCACCACCACAGCCGCGCAAUACUCUAAUGGACUUCCUAAAAGACCGCACGCUCGACAGCAUCAACUUUGCCCUGCGAAUAGUGACGAUCUUCUUCGCGUUAAGUUAUUUGCUGCCCUUGGCCUCAGCACCAGUACAGAGGAAGGCGUACUUCAAGGCUUUCGCUGCAGCCAUGGCCACUAACGCCCUCCGUCUUCAACAACGCAUCGGGCCUGUUCGUUUGAACAUGGAAUUCAUGCAGCGUCUCUUUACCGAGGACUCGUGCCAUUAUCUCCUGUACAGUAUCCUCUUCGUGCUAUCCGAGCCGAUCACGAUGGCGCUGCUACCGAUUAUGAUAUUUGCUGCCCUGCAAGCGACGAACUUCUUUGUUACGCUCAUGACCGCUAUUGGACAAAACAACAGCCCGGUUGUCCCGCCUCUCACUCGGCUCAUCCAGAACCAGACGCCAAAUUGCCUUGGAAUCGUUGCUUGUGCGGAAAUUUUUCUGGCGCCAGCUUUGUUCGCAUCGGUCUUGAUGGGCCAGACGAGUCUUGUUACACCGAUCGGCUACUAUCGCUUCCUCGUCAUGCGAUAUGGAUCUCAGCGCAAUCCCUACACACGCCAAGCCUUCUACCAAAUGCGCGUAUCUCUCGACCAAGUUGCGGCCAAUCCAUCGUGCCCGGGCCUCGUGCGUACCUUCAUCUAUAAAUCGAUCUCAUUCAUCUCCAGUCUUCAUCGU